UGUUAGGAGACACUACGCAUGCGCACUUGCAAGUGGGCAGCAUACGUCGAUGUGGCGACUGUAAACUUAAAAGUUUAGUGCGUUUGUAGAUUUUAACACAAACUGUUGCAAUGAAACUUUAUAUACUGGCUUUGUUUUGUGUCUGCAGUUUAGUUAAAGCAGAAGAAGACGAGAGACUGCCGAAUAAAUGCGAAGUUUGUAAGUUUCUGACAGUGGAGCUGCAGGAAGCUCUGGAGAAAAGCAGCCGCUCGAAAGAAGUCCUGGAGGUCGGACAGGUGCUGGACACAGGCAAGAGAAAAAGAAAGAUAAAAUACAACACCUCGGAAACUAGGCUGACGGAGGCGGUAGACAACAUAUGUGAGCGCAUCCUGCAGUACAGCGUUCAUGCAGAGAGGCCGGGCAGCCUUCGUUACGCCAAGGGAACCAGUCAGACGAUGGCGACUCUGAAGAACCUGGUCCACAAAGGGGUUAAAGUGGAUCUGGGCAUGCCCUUUGAGCUGUGGGACGAACCCUCUGUAGAAGUGUCAGACAUGAAAAAACAGUGUGAGACCAUGCUGGAGGAGUUUGAGGAGGUUGUGGAGGAUUGGUACUUCCAUCAUCAGGACCAGAGGCUGGAGAACUUCCUCUGUGAGAGUCACGUCCUCAAAACAUCAGAGCAAGAAUGUCUGAAGGAGGUGUGGAAAGGAGACAUGGGGACCAAAGGAGGGGUCAAGGAGUCAGCAAGCGACAGCACAGGAGAUGAAGGAGCAAAUAAUAGCGCUAAGGAGGAGGAGAAGGAGGAGGGAAAGACGCAUGAUGCCGGCGAGCUAUGAGGGGAAACAUUUUCAACGAAAGAAAUACAGCCAACAACAGAAAACCUCAACUGUAGCUUUUGGCGGGAAAAAUGCAAAACAAUCGACAAGAAGCUGAGAUUACAAAUUACUCUGGUACAUUAUGGAGAGGUUACAUUGAGAUUAUAGCGUUUGAUGGAUGAUGUGCAGAAAAGUUUUUCUGUCAACACUAUUUCUUGUGCCAAAUCUUAAGAGUUUACAUUCUUACAAGAGAAUAAUAAUAGUGUGAAAUGAUGCUUUACAGAAUUGAACACUAAAUUUCUGCCAUUACUUUUAUGAAUGUUGUCACCCUUUGGGAAACUGUCGCACCUUUUUAAACACUCGGUUAUUUGAAUUAUGAAGUUUUUAAGUCUUUACCAGUAAUAUUUGAGACCUUUUCAGUGUUACAUCAUGUGUGAACGCUGUUACAUCUCUCCUUACGCCAAUAUUAUAAAGGCACAUAUCGAUAUUUUUUACCCCUGAAUGCAAUAUGUACAGUUUUUCAUCGUGAAUAAAAUGCUUUUUUUUUAACAACA